AUGUCCGAGGGAGGGGUCGUGAAGGCCGACUUCGAGAGCUCGACGCUGCUGUUGGCGCCUGAUCGCAUCACUAUCUACUGGGGAUUGUCCAUAGACUGUCCGGCCAGUGUCCGGACGAGCUUCACUCCGCUAGCCAUCGCUAUCUUCGUGACUGCUCUGAAGCCGGGCUACGGAGACAUGGAGCCGACAAGGAUGUCGACAGCGUCUGCCAACAACUUACCACCCAGCACCCAGCCACCCAGCCAUCCAGCACCCAGCCACUCAGUCACACAACCACCCAGCCAUCCAGCACCCAGCCACCCAGCCACCCAGCCAUCCAGCACCCAGCCACUCUCCACCCAGCCACCCAGCCAUCCAGCACCCAGCCACCCAGCAACCCAGCCACCAAGCCAUCCAGCACCCUCCACGCAGCACCCAGCCACCCAGCCAUCCAGCACCCAGCCAUCCAUCACCCAGCUACCCAGCCACCCAGCCAUCCAGCACCCAGCCACCCAGCCACCCAGGCGCGGCUGUCUGUGCUUCGAGGCGCAGAGCGAGCACUCGCGCGCGGCCGGGGUCCCUCUGCACAGAGUUCAGGGUGGGUCGAUAACAAAGCUGUAA